AUGAAUUUCAUUUUACCGACAUCUCUACCAAAUCCAGACCCUGGUUUCAAUGUAGUUGUGACGAAAGAAGAGUUCAACUUGUUUCACAGUGUUGAUCGACAGCUAUUCAGUCGUUUGGUGAUGGAGCUUGGUCGAGAAACUUCAGAAUCGAUCAAUGUAAUGGCGUUCAUAAUGUGGGUGGAGAGAAAAAGCAAAGACUACAAUUUAGUCGCAAAGAUUCUUCAACGGUGGCCAGACCUAAUGGUUCGCAAUCUCGCUGAUGAGAUUGUUGUCGUUCUGAGUUGCAUUGAGAGUUCAGAGUAUCGGCCUAACGCUUCUUCAAGCGAGAGUAAGCUGUUAUUGAUUCAACACAUCUUGCGUCACGAUGUGACGCUAAAGUAUUUUCAUGAGAAACGUCUGAAUGUGAUUACUGAAGUCACAAAGUUCAUCAAUGAUGUGUGCGUAAGAGCUUUUUCAGAUAUUAUUGAACAAGCAUAUUAUGAGAGAGCUGUGAAGGAGCAAGAACUAUAUCUUGCUAACGUUUAUGCUGCUGCUGCUACUGCUACUGAUACUAGUCCCCCUCAUCAAAUUCAAUCACCACAAAUCAUGUACUAUGCUCCUCCUAAUGCUGUUCCAGUGGUUGCACAACAAGUUAAUCUCGCGCCGCCGCCACAGUUUAACAACAAUGGACAGGAUAUAAACGAGAUUUUAUCCAAUUUGAACCUGGAUGAUAUUUAUUCUCCUGAUACUGGUAUUGUUUCUCCUCCUGAUAAUCAGAUCAAUCCAAUCGAUGAUAGAACCCUCUUCAUCACCUUUUCCAAGGGUUAUCCCAUUUCUCAGAAUGAACUUACAGAAUUUUUCACCAGAAAAUGUGGAGACAUCAUUGAGAGGCUGAUAAUGCAAGAAGCAAAUCCAGGAGAGCAACCACUGUAUGCUCGUCUGGUUGUUCGUCCAGAUGCUAUCAACGUAAUUGAUCAUUUUCUGGAGUAUCAGACAAGGAUGAAAUUCGCCAUUAACGGAAAGCAUGUAUGGGCUCGAAAAUAUAUACACAAGCCACUAUAUGCAAAUCCUUUUGAAGCUGGGCCAUCUCGAUAUUUUCCAUGA